GUUGAGAAGAAGAAGGUACGGCCGCAGGAGAUUCCAAUCGAACACCGGAGAAAAUGGCGAAGCCUCUAGGUACAACCGGCGAGUUCUUCCGGCGAAGAGAUGAAUGGAGGAAGCAUCCGAUGCUUUCGAACCAAAUGAGACACGCUCUUCCCGGUCUCGGCAUCGGCGUCGCGGCCUUCUGCGUGUACCUCGUGGGUGAGCAGAUCUACAGCAAAGCUUUGGCUCCUUCCAAAUCAUCAUCCCACCACAAUCAGAAACAGCCUGCUCCCUCUCACUGAAGACCAUCGAUCUUCUUCUUCGAUCAGAUGCUCCAAACAGUGGCACAAGAUGAAGGCAAGGCUUCUACUCUGUUUACUGGCUUUCUUUUGGCUUGUCUUAAUAAUGUUGGCUGUGUUGUUGUUGCGCACAACAAUUUUAAUUUCUCUGUUGAACUUUAAAUUUUGUUGGGAUUAAACGUUCUUUGUCUCUCCCACAAGUUAUGUUUUUUCUUCUAACCUGGCGUUGAAUGUUGCUUUGUAUUGUGGAUUGUCUUUGCAAUUGUGACUUGUUGUGAGUAGACACUCA